GGCGCCGCCGCCAUUGCCCAGGUUCCGCUCCCGCCGCCGCCGCCAUUCCCGGCCUGUCGCGGCCAUGUACCGGCCGGGAUUCCGCGCACCGACACCCCCCUACGCGGGCGGAGGCUUCCGGAGCCCUCUCUCCCGCUGGGGGAAGGCACGGCGAGGGCUGGUGCCAGCGCAGCAUCCAUCCGCCAACAGGAUUUUCAGGGGAGAGCGAGGCUUGAACCACAGUGGGCAGCAUCAGCUUUUCCCCCGCCCAUUCCCCCGCUGUAGAGAGGACGGGCAGAGCUCGGGCAGCCGAUUAAAACUAUUAAAUGUUUCUUUACCUGAUGGUUUUCUUCCAAAGGGAUCACCCAGGACAUCUACUCCAUUUGGUACAGCGCAUGGCAGAGGGAAAAGAGUGUCUAAUGAUGUGGAAAACUAUUACAGACCUUCAAUGCUUGAGGACCCAUGGGCUGGCCUAGAGCCAGUUUCUGUUACAGACAUAAACCAGCAAUACAGCAGUGAGCAAACAACAUUUACUGGCAAAAAAGGGAGGUAUUUCAGCUAACACUUUCAAAGGCCAAAUAACUCCAUCUUGUCAGGAAAGCUUUGGGACAGAAUCUUUACACUUACACAAGAUGAACAAUAAUCAAGACCUUAGAUAAUACUUUUAUUUCAUCACAUGUCCACUCUUUUAUCCUACCUUUUUUUAUUGCAUUGGAUAUUUUUAUGUAUGGAAGGCAAAGGGAGUGGUAGGAAAACUUAUAUUUCUGGCUAUGUGGAAGUGCCUACCAGCUCUGAAGAACAAAGUGUUCUUUAAUCACCAGCGACUGAUUUGUGACUGUUAAAGCAAGUUUCCAUAUACUUACCUCUUCUAUGCCAGAUUGUUAGCCUUUUAUUGUAAAGUCUCGUAGGGAGUGGUAUUUUUUAUGUUUCAGCAUUUUUAGAGUGAAUUAACUUGGAAAUAAAAUAAAGUUUUGUAAAUCCUUGUUUUGUAAUGUAUAAAGAAUAUUUUAGGAGCUUUGUUAAGGUGUACACGUUAACACAGUAGUUCACAACACUGAAAUUAGGUGACUUGUGUAAAUAUGCUUGUAUGCUGUAGUUAACGUCUGCUUUUGUGCAUAGUAAUUUUUGUUAAUUGCAGUGUAAUGUGAAGUUGAAACAUGACUUAUAGCCAUCUCAGGAAACAAAUGUAUUGGUUUUGGAAAGUUUAAUUUGUUGAACAAACUCUUGAGUCAAACUUAAUUCUGGAAUUAUUUGCUUUUGUGUUUAAAAAAUAUAUAUUUGGAUCAAUAUUAGAAAUUUCUGGAUUAUAGUAACAAGUCUGUUCAGUGACAAUUUAAGUCUAAAGAACACUUAAAACAUCAAGCUUAAAUAAAUGCAAAUGUUCUUUCUGGAUGUUUACCUGCUAGAAUAGUACAGAAUGAAUGACAGUCUUUGUUACACAGUUGACAUUAGUACAUGCAUAGCAUCUUUUUUUAAUCUGUUUUAUAUUUUUCAAUUAUUUUUUAUUUUUACUUACAGCAGGCAUCAUUGCCAGGAGAAUUGUUUUGUGUGUGUACAUGCUAUAUUUUUAUACUGAAGAGGAAAGCAAUGAAUUGGUUUUUUUAGAGCUUGUCUUUACAUGGAAGAUCCACGCUUAAAUCCAGGAGUGAAUAUCAUACUCUAGAAUAAAAAAGAAAUAGUUCCAGCUGCAGGCAUGCUCUUAACUUGCCACGUUAAACCUGCAGUAGUUAAAUAAAUUUUUGUUGAACGUACUACUAUUCAUUGAUUUUGGAUUUUAAGCCAAAGUAGAGUGUAAAAACCUUAUUAAAUAAAACUGUUAGUUUAGUUUUCAAAAUACAUGUGUUCUUUUAAGCUUCUUACAUACUCAAAACAUAUUUUUUUAGUCUUGAGGCAUGGAAGCACAGGAAAUCCCAUUAAACUGUUCUUAGUAACUUGUCUUUUGUUGAGGUAGAAUAGUCCUCUGUACUCUUUAUCUGUUUCAGCAUAAGCUGUGUUAGGUUAACACCACCUUCAGGAGCAACUUCAAACUGUAAGGGGAGGUUAAUAUGUUGAAAUGUGCUGAGUCUCUUGUACUCUUAGGACCACAGUCUAUGUCGCUUCUGUCUUCCUCCAGUUGACCCUUUCAUUUUAGUGUUAUAUCCAAAAAGGCUGCCUCAAGAACUGAGAACAUAAUGCCUGCUGGAUAUCAAGAAUGGUUAAAUCUUCAUCCCAGAAUCAAAAAAUGGUACCUUAAAUGGCAGCUAUCAGCAUUGUUAUCUGUAAUAGGUACCAGUGAAACUGAGAUGACUUGACAAGUUGUAGUCUUUAGAAUUUAUACAUAAGUUAAUGUCAUUGUGAAAAUUGAAGUGUAAAGUUUUUUUUUCCUUUUGUUUAUUUUUUAAUCUCGUCAGGUGCUGCAAUGCUCACAGGAAAAAAAAAUGUUGUAGUGUGCUUAACCAACUGCCCUGUUUUGUUGCCGUUUCCCAUGUGAUUGAAAUGCAAUUUAUUUUUUACAAUACUUGAUGAUCUUGAAGAAACAAAUAUGAUCUUAUUUAAGAGAGUGAAGCCAUGAUGUGUUCUCACAUAUAAGAAGAGUCUGAGUUUUGAAGGGAGAAAGGAGAGGUAAGGGAUUCCUGAGACAAAAGAGGCUGUUAGAGGUGGGACUUCGUACACAGUAGCCAGUAUGAUCUGCCCUUGCACAUUGCAAAGAUGGAUUUUUCCACUUUGGCGUUGCAGUUGACCCAGACAUCAAAGCCAGACUCCGCUGGUAAUAACUUUUAACUCCUGGAACCAGGUGUCAAACAUCAGUGAAGGUAAAUGUUCUAGAAAGAGAACUGAGGAACUAAUGUUGAAGCACAGUUUAAUCCCUACAGACCUUCCACAAUGCUGUCUGUUAAACUGCUGCUUCAGUGCACUUCAGGAUAUGACUCAACAAUUUUAAGUACAUCAUACUUCUAAAGGCUACAGUCAUUUGGUCAAGAAUCGGCACCAAAAACUUUAAAAUGAUUCACCUUUCUGGCUUCUGGGAGAAAUUCUGUAAUUACAGUAAAGUUCAAAUAUGUCAUUGUUGGAGAGCUGUAAAAUGCAUGAACACAUGUUCAGAACUAUAAAUAUAAUGUACUUAAAGUCAAUUUAAGCUUUGCCUUUUUUGCCAUGAUAUCCAGGAAGCUUAAGCAUACACCUCCUCACUAGUUAUUUUUUUUUUCUUUUUACCAUUUGGCAAACAUCUGAUGGAGAGAGGAUACAUUACUUCUUCAUUUGUUAAUUAAGCCACUUCAUAGUAUCAGUAUGACUCUGGAAAUAGCAUUUGAUGAUAAAAUGUAAAGCACAAAAUACAUCCUUUUUUCAUGAGCCCAUGAAACGAAAUAGUGCUUAUGUCUUAUUAAUGAAGGGAUUACUCUGUAAUGAACACACUGAGUAUAUGGGCAUUGCUCUUCAACAGACUUCUCAGAUUUUAAGGUAAGUUAGCUUCUUUUUCAGAAGUUUGGGUUCAUACACUUUUCCAUUCUGUUCUGUUUGCCUUGUCUGUUAAGUCCAUUUGAUUUUCUCUUCAGUUGUAGUAAGGAACUGUAACUAGUGACUAACUCUUCCAGCAAAAAUUUAAUUCACUUACUGU